CAUUCUAAGCUUUUUCACAUAUGGUGUCUUUUUUAAAACAAUGGCUGGAAACCUAGAGGAGGAUCUCCGCUGUCCGACCUGUUUGGACAUCUUCAAAGAUCCGGUCAUGCUGCCGUGCAGUCACAAUUUCUGCCGUGCGUGUCUGCAGCAGUGGGAGGACACAGGUGAGCGAUCGUGUCCAAUCUGUAGGACAACCUUUCAGUCCAAAGAUAUACCUGCAAACUUGGCACUGAGGAAUAUCUGCGAAAACAUUUUACGCGCCCCUGUCAAGUCACAAGACAUCUGCAGCUUGCACAAGGAGGAGCUCAAACUCUUCUGUUUGGACCACCGGGAACUCGUGUGCCUCGUCUGCAGAGAUGCAGAAAUCCACGCGGGCCACAAGAUCCUGCCCCUCGAAGAAGUUGCAGAACGUCUAGCAGAGCCCGCCGGUCCACCCUUACCUGAGCGUGACUACAUUUUGCGGUCUGGCAGCGGGCCAUUUGCAGGCAAGGAGUGGUACUAUGGCAAAGUGACACGCCACCAGGCGGAGGUGGCGCUUAACAAGCGGGGCACCAAGGGAGAUUUCCUCAUCCGAGACAGCCAGUCAUCGCCAAACGCCUUCACCAUCUCGCUGAAGGCACAGAGCAAGAAUGUGCAUUUGAAGGUGGAGCUGAAGGGGAGCCUAUAUUGCACCGGACCGCGCAUGUUCAACUCCAUGGAGGAGCUUGUGGAACACUAUAAAAAGGCGCCGAUCUACAUCAGCGAGCAGGGUAACCGCCAAUGCCUGGUUAAGGCCCUCUCUGAUCCUGCAUCGAAAAAUACAAUCCCAUCUUCACGCAAACACUUGUAAAUGACACAAACAGAGGCAGUAUACAGACCGGAACACACUAACAUCAAGCCUGAAGACUUGAAUGUUCAUUCGCUGCCACCCUCCCAGUUCAAAUGGAUUGGACGUCUACAAGUGAUAAACUCAUUCCAAUUCACAGCAGAAGCUUGUUUUUCUGUUCAUUAUUUGUUUGUAGAAUCUCCUAGAAUGAUUUUCUGACCAAUGUAUCGAUAAUCGUUGUCUCGUCAGAUCAUCGUUAUCGUGAGCUUUGUAUCGCAAACCGUAUCAUAUUGUGAGGUACCAAGAGGUUGUCACUCCUACAUAUACCAUAGUUUAAUGAAAAGAAGCAGAAUAUAGGGCAUAAAAGAUACACAGCGCCAUAUUAUGACAGUAGCCCAACGUGUGCGUCAUGAGACGUCAAGAUUGACGCACCAACUCUCCCAAUCAGUUCUCCCGGGCACUCCAGGACAAAGAGCAGGGCGUUCUGUCCUAAAACAAGUAGCAUCGGAGAACGCCCGGUAUCCAACUGAUAACACUCCAACAGCCCCCUAUGACGAUGAGGGGGCAGAAUCCACAUCCUCAUUGCCCGGACAACAGUAACUCCCAAAUCCUGAUGGCCAAUCCACAAAAAGACAACAAUCCCAAACACACCCUUCUUCCUGCCCACGGCCUGUCCCGUGAGAGCUUUCAAAACACUGAACAUUUAGAUAACAACUGU